ACCAAAAAGAGAACAAACAGUGAAACAACGGGUCUCACCACAGGAAAGCAGGUCCAGGCUCCGGACUCCCCUUCCAAGACCUUCGUCGUCUGUUCGCAAGGGGUCUGCGGCUUUUUUGAGACACCACAAGAAAGACCCACGGAGAAAGGGGAGACAAUGAGCGCUGGAAGAUUUCAAAGCGGUGGCAGAGACAAGUGCAGGCUGCACAUGGUGACCUGGAACGUGGCCACAGCCGAGCCCCCUGAAGACGUCGCCUCUCUGAUGCAGCUGGACGUCCAGCCCCCCACAGACAUCUAUGUGAUUGGCCUGCAGGAGGUGAACGCCACCCCUGUGAGGUUCAUCUCUGACCUGUUAGUGGAGGACUCCUGGAGCCACGUCUUCAUGGAAACACUGGCCCCCAGAGGCUUUGUGAAGGUCACAUCAGUGAGGAUGCAGGGUUUGCUGCUGCUGGUUUUUGCCAAACAAAUGCAUCUCCCCUUCAUCAGAAACAUCCAGACCACCUACACCCGCACUGGCAUCUUUGGCUACUGGGGUAACAAAGGAGGAGUGUCGGUGCGUUUCUCCUUCUACGGCCACAUGGUGUGCUUCCUUAACUGCCACCUGGCGGCUCACAUGAACUACGCUCUGCAGCGCGUUGAUGAGAUCGAGCACAUCCUGGAGAAGCAAGACUUUGACAUCACUGACACCCCACAUGUCCGGGAUCACAAGGUGGUGUUCUGGUUUGGCGACCUGAACUUCCGUAUUGCAGAUCAUGGCUUGCACUUCCUGCGCUCGUCCAUCAACAGCGAGCGUCUAAAUUUGCUGUGGAGCAAAGACCAGCUUACUAUGAUGAAGAAAAAUGAACCUUUCCUCCAGGAAUUUGAGGAAGGGCCAUUGAAUUUCAAACCCACCUACAAGUUUAACCGUAACUCUGAUACCUAUGAUACCAGUGGCAAGAAGAGGAAACCGGCCUGGACGGAUCGGAUCCUCUGGCGCAUCAAACCCAAAACCUUUCCUUCAGAGGAUGAUGAUGACAAGGCAUCGAUUUCCACUGUGGAUGAGACCGAGGAGUAUCCGCUCCUGGUCAUUCAGGACAAGUACACCUGCGACAUGAGCUACGGAGUCAGUGACCACAAGCCUGUCAUUGCAACCUUCAGCCUGGAGCUGAAGAAGUGCUAUGACACACCUCAGGUGCACGUUUCUCCUCUGGGUGUAUGGUGCGCCGACCAUGACGCACUUCUUACCUACACCGUCCAAGAGGACUUCAUGUCCUCCACAUGGGACUGGAUCGGCCUGUACAAGGUGGGAUUCAAGAGUGCUUCCGACUAUGAAACCUUUGUUUGGGUUCGAGAAGAGGAGUUGCCAGAGAUAAAUGAAGUCAUACAGAUAUCUAUGGACAAGGAUGGGAUCCCUCUGCUGGGUGGACAGUUUGUUUUGGGUUACUACAGUACAAACAUGCAAAGCAUUAUCGGCUUCAGUGCUAACUUCCAGAUUCUGGAGUCAAAGCGUGCCGUCAUGGAAGGACUCGUUCCUGAAAACAUCAAUGGUCUCAAAUGAGAACAAAUUCACUGCACUGUAUUUCUCUACCUUUGGAAAUGUAUCCCAAUUGAUUCUGUCAUUCAAAUGCCCCAAAAUCUAAUCCAUUAGACACUGGAUCAGCGUAUUCAGUCUUUAGAUAAUGGCCACUACAAUGUGCUAUCCAAUUUUUGUAAAUUUCAAUUUGUGUUUUCCAACUUUGCCUUUGAGGAUUUCAUCUUAAGCUUGGACAGUUUCUCUGCAAGAAAGGUUUAUCGCUGUAAUGAGUAGUCCUCCAGCUUUUCCACUGGCCUUUUUUCGCCCAAAAAAUCAAAAAUAAAGAAAUAAGUUGCAUUUUGA